AUGACAUCGGAGCUUGAUUCAUCCCAUGUGCCCGUGCUCAAAGAACGCAUAUUUGACGUGCUCAAAGAGUCGGACCUGUCGUCGGUGUCUGCCAAAAAGGUCCGUAUGGCUUUGGCGGACAUGCCAGAGGGCAGCCUGCCCAGUGGCAUAGACCUCAGUGCCCAGAAAAAGGCCAUUGAUAGCUUGAUUCGCGUCUGCUACGACGAAGUCACACAGAAGAAGCCCUCAUCCAAGGUAUCCAAUGCUGAGAAGAAGACAACUAAGUCGACAAACUCUUCCUCGUCGUCGACAAAGAAGAGCUCCUCCAAGAAGCGCUCCAAGAAGGACGACGACAACGAUGACGAAAGCCAAGAGCCUAAGAAGAAGCGCGCACCAAACGCCAACAAUCCACUCAACAGACCGCUUCGCCUAUCCUCUGACAUGGCCGAGGUGUGUGGUGGCUCAGAAAUGCCGCGCUUUGAAGUCGUGAAAAAACUUUGGGUGUAUAUUAAAGACCAUAAUCUACAGAAUGAGAGCAACAAGCGCCAGGACGAAGACGACUACGGGGACGGUGCAGACGACAAAGUUCGUGUACAUAUACCAACAAGCAGCGACGGGAUCGUUAUCUAG